CGAAUUCCAUUUCUAUAAUUAGAAACACACAUAUAUACAUGACGUAGAGCGCACCGACCGAUUUGAGAAGCUUAGCAAAAAGAUGUAAAAGUUGCAUUCUUUAAAUAACUUCGUUUAGUGCGUUAGUGUUCAAGAUUCUGCGUCCACCGAUAGGCAGCAAAGAUGGCUGAAGCCGAUAUAAAUCCACUUUCCCUUCAGGAAAAACUCAUUCGAUACCUUAGAACUGGAACAGAAGGAUCUUUCUUUCUGCCAGGCAAAAACAAAGUGUUUAGAGUAUUCGGAAAUGUGAUAAAAGUGAUGAUAGAAGCUGGUCAGGGCCCUGAAGCUGUGGAAUCUAUAAAACGUGUUAAUUCGGAAAAGUCGUAUUAUAAACGUGAACCUCUGUUGUAUUUUCUCGCCGUAGCAACUCACUCGAGCAAUGAACCUACUAAAAAGGCAGCAUAUCUAGCAGUAAAUGAAGUGUGUGAAAAUCCAUAUGAUUUAUUUAUGUGGUUAAAACAUGUAAAAGAUUUAAGUCAACUGACUAAAGGCUGGGGGGCGGGACUUCGUAAAACUGUCACAAAGUGGUAUCACAGUAGGGAUCCUAUGUUGAUAGCAGAGUUUGUGACACGGUAUGUUUCUGUAGGAAGAUGGCAUCAUAAAGAUGUGUUUAGACUAUCACAUAUGAAGCCAGAAAAUGACAGUAUGGGUUUCAUCAUAAAGGUUGUAUGUAAAGGUUUACAGAAAGCUAAGGAAGAAUUCAAGAAUCCGUCAGAAGACGUGCAGAGAUUAAUAACUUAUUUUGAUGCAGUCAACUUUAUCAAACAUUCUGAUGACUCAUUCGCUGUGGCAAUGAAAAUGGAAGAAGUAGGACUUCAUAAAGAACAUAUUCCAGUCCCAUUAUUGUCUUCUAAAGAGAUAUGGAACAGCUUAUUAUUGGGAAUGUCAGUGAAGGAGGUGAUAUCAUCGUUACCGGCUCUUGCCCGUAGAGCUUUUCUAACCAUUCCAGCAGAGGGUGGAGGUGCCGAUAAAGUUGUUGAAGACAUUCAGAGAAAGGUUCUGCAGAAAAUCAACGACUCCAAAGCCAUUGAGGACGAAAAAAUAAGUCCAUUCUUUAUCUACAUUGCUAUACGAAACUACGUUAGAGUUUUCUCAAGGCAAGAACGAAGGGAAAAAACCCACAAAGCAGGUUCUGGUGUGAAACGGGAACUUGCAUCUAAUACAGAUCCCACUGAGUUACAAUCUGCUAAAAAGAAGAAGAAGAAAAAGAAGAAAAAAGAUAAAGUUCAAAAUGAUGUUGAAGCAGAAGAACAGCAACAAAAUGAGGAAGAAACUAAUGUCACAGAUAAGGCUACAAAAAACAAUCCAGAAUUAUUCGAAUCCAUUCACAGUGCUUUCAAAGUGGCCGUAGAGAAGAAUCUACCAUGUACAGGAAAGAGAUAUUUGAUUGCCGUUAAAGCGUCCGUCAGCGAACUUGGUAAAGGUAUUAGGGGCACGCCCUCUAUAUCUGCACUAGAGGUCAUGGCAUUGAUGGCGACCUUCUACAAGAAGAAGGAAAAGUCGGCAGAUCUAGGCUUCUUCACCGCGUCACUUACCCACUUAAACUUUCCCAAAGAGAUGGAGAAUAUCAUAGCCGAGAUUGGCCAGAGAGCUGCACCAGUACCAAAUCUGGCAUGUGACCCAGCAGCACCAAUCACAUGGGCUCUGGAGAAGAACAGAAAGUAUGAUGUGUUUUUAUUGCUAUCUGACGGGACAGAAACACAUGGCGAGGUGAAAGCCGAGGAUAGACUGAAAGAAUAUCGAAACAAAAUGAAUCUCCCCGAUACAAAAAUGAUACUGUGCGGUUUGAAUGCACCAAGGUUGGAUUUCGCUAAGGCUCCAGGAAUGUUAGAUGUUGGUGGGUUUGAUGCCACAGUUCCAGACAUUAUCAACAAGUUUAUCACCGAUCAACUCGACCAUUGAUGCUCUAUUCUUACGUUGGAUAAACUUUUAACUACGCCCUUGGCUUCUGCCCAUGAUUUUUUGAAAUUGCAUCUCAAAGCUGACUUAAAACCAAGUACAAGUUUGUCCUAGUCUGCCCUGUCCAAGGGUGAUAACUUUUGCUGGAAGAGGACUACUGAGUGAUCUUGAUAUAUACAAAAUUACCUCCCUUUGUUUUUAUUUUCUAUUUAAGAAAACAACAAAAAAAAACAAAACUUCUCUUACUUAUUUUAUUUACAUGAAAUUUUGUUUAAGACACUAGUCAUUUAUAUAUGCCCUCUUUCGAAAAUGGGAAGUGUUUGUUGUUUUGAUGCGUUGGACAAUACAAAAAAUCUAGGAAAUGUGAUGAAAUUAUACAGAAUGCAAAGAUAGCCUCAGUAUGGAUAAUUGAGUAAUGCACAUUCUUUAUUUGAAUAUAUUCUUGAUAAGGCUGACCUAUAUUCUUUGACUUGAAAAUUAUUUUUACCUUACACUAAACUAUAAACGCUUCUUCAGUGGUAAAAUUUAAUAUCUGCAGUCUAUGUAUUGUUCCAGUUAUUGUUAUUUUUGUUUAAGUCAAAGUCACUAAAUCGAAUAAAAUAUUCCAUAUACUUUAUUUUAUCCUUUUAUCUAGUAUUAAUAAAUUUUUCUAUACUUUAUUUUAUCCUUUAAUCUAAUAAAGUAAAAAAUUGAAGAAAGAA